ACCUAACAAGAUUCUAGACUCUCAGCUGGGGCAUACAUAUACACAAUAUCACAAUAAUCUGUCAGGGGUAGGAAUGUAGCAGAUACUGGUGUCCUCCUCUCAUGAAAGGAAAAGGAAUGUUUCAUCCUAAAACAACACAACAAAGGUCAUGUAUGUAAUGGAAAAACUAGAUGUACUGUAACUGUAACUAUGUCAAUGUAACUACAGUGUUUUAAUGUUUCAACUCAAUAUUUACCCAAUACAAUGGAUAUAACAUAGUGCUGUGAACUGCUGCUGUCAUUGCAGUUUGACUCUCAUUGGUACAAACCAAGACUCACUGAUAAAGAUCACAAAUUAGCAUAAACAUGCAGCUCUUUUAGCCAAUGGAGUUGUGUCAGUAGAUCUACACAAGGUGAUUGGUGUGUUGAAAGUCAACAGGACAGUGUGAACAGACUUAAAAAACCUCCACUGUCACACCAGGACGACAAUCAGUGGAGACUGAACAACUCGAUGAUGCGUCUUACACUUUGUCUCUUUGUGCUGUGGAUCGGUGUCACAGUGGGCACAGUGGUGGAUCUGCAGAAGAGAAUCAUUGGAGGUCAAACAUGUGGACCACAUGAGCGUCACUACCAUGUCAGACUGAGGCUAGUUGAUGCUAAAGGAAAUUCAGAUAUGUGUGGUGGCUCUCUGAUCAGUGACCAGUGGAUUCUGACUGCAGCUCACUGCAAGGAGCUGACUAUGUAUGCAGAUAUAGGUGUACAUCCAGGUCCAACACAACAGGUUCAAAAAACGACACAAACUGAGAUCUUUAAGGACCAAGGCAAUAAGGAGCAUGACAUCAUGCUGCUGAAGCUUCCUACACCCAUUAACAUCCAACCUGUAAGGCUUCCUGACUGUCAGAAACGUCCCAAAAUAGAUGAUACAGUUCAGAUUGCAGGACAUGGGGGCAAAACACGAGGCCCUUUAUAUGAAUAUCCAGCAAAGGACAAAUCAGACACUCUCCAAUGUGCGGACCUGAAAGUUGUCGAAUGUGACAGGCUCGAAAAGAUUUUGGCGAAAGGCUAUUCACACUAUUACGAGGAAAAGCGCUAUCAACACUGGUUUUGUGGUCAAAAUAAAACUGUGGUUACGUGUCCAGGUGACUCUGGUGGAGGAGUGGUGUUUAACAACAUGAUUUAUGGUGUUCAUUCUUUCACUGGAGAGCCUAACUUUGCAGUUAGUUCAGCACCAGUUGGGUUCAUGGAUGUCUGUGCAUACAUCAAAUGGAUCCAUGAUACUACAGGUGUCACAGUAGGCACAGUGGUGGAUCUGCAGAAGAGAAUCAUUGGAGGUCAAACAUGUGGACAACAUGAGCGUCACUACCAUGUCAGACUGAGGGCAGUUGCUGCUGAUGGAAAACGUUAUAUGUGUGGUGGCUCUCUGAUCAGUGACCAGUGGAUUCUGACUGCAGCUCACUGCCUGAAGCCGACUAUGUUUGCACUUUUAGGUGUACAUCCAGGUCCAACACAACAGGUUCAAAUCACGACACAACCUGUGAUCUUUAAGGACAAAGACAACAACAACAAUGUCAGGCACCAUGACAUCAUGCUGCUGAAGCUUCCUACACCCACUCAGAUCCAACCUGUAGGCCUUCCUGACUGUCAAAAUCGUCUCAGUGUAGGUGCUACAGUUCAGAUUGCAGGUCAUGCCUCCACAACAAUGGGCCCCAAUAAUAAAAGAAGUGAGCUGAAUCUUCUUUAUUAUUUGAUUACAUUUGUAAUCCUAAACUGUUUAACACCGGUCAGAAACUAUAUACAGCAAGACGACCCACAGUUUUACCAAGCCUUCAGCUGUCAGCACUGGUUCUGUGGCCAGACUCCUGGAGUGGAUGUAUGUCAUGGUGACUCAGGUGGAGGAGUGGUGUACCAGGACAGGAUUUAUGGUGUCAAUAGCUUCACUGGUGAUCCAAAAUAUGCCUGUUCUGAAGCAGCCGGGUUUAUGGACAUCUGUCAUCCCCAAUACUUUAAGUGGAUCCAAAACACCAUUACAAGCCCCUAAAAAUGUCUAACGUGUGGCUAAACAAUGUGUGGUCCUCUCAGUUCACAUUAAGAAUGACCAGAGUUCUGAAUUUACUAUUAAUAAUUUAACAAUUGACUGGUAUAUGUUAAAUGUCCUGCUAUCAUUUGUAAUCCCCAAUAUUUCAACAUUUUUAAAAAUCAAAUUUGUAAAAAUAAACAAUUGAACAAAGUACGGUGCA